AUGCAGGCAGGAAAGAUGAAGAGACCGACAGAGAAAAUAGUAGAAAAAUAUAUAUGGCGCUUUAUGCUUAUACUGGCAUAUAUUUAUACACCUGUAAAUGGAAUAUUAUCUUUGGACCAAAUAGAAAUCUUGCAGAAGAAUAAAAUAGAAUACGAAGGCAGACAUAUAAUUAUAAACCCAAGUGGACCACUCAAUCUGCUUAGAGGAUAUAUCAUUCACAAGGAAGGAUUAAUUUACAACAAAAGGCUUUUUACGCCCGAAAUUUCUGCUAAGUACCAAAUAGUCCAGGCUUCAGAUGUAAAUGCAGCUUUUCCAGUAUAUUCAUUCAACAGAGGCAUAGAAAAUGACGCAGUUGCUUCAGAUGGGUUUAGCAGUGAUAUUAAAGGGGGAUACCUACGCACAUACCACAAAAUACUCAUUAAUAUGUUUCCAUUUCACAAUGAGUCUGUCCCAAUUGAGAGCAAUGAAAAAGACAGUUUCAGUAGGUGGACUAAAUCAAAGAAGACCAAAAAGCACAUGCAUAGACUACUUGCAGCACUCCUGCUAAUGUCAGAGGGAAUACGUAUACCAAUUCAGAUUGUAGGGGAGGAAGGUGAUGCACACGUUGUUCUAAAACAAAAGAGCGGAAAGCAGGUUGUUUUUUGUAUUCCCCUACCCAUAAAGAGUGAAGUGCAGGAGCCCAGUGACAGUAGGGACUUUCAGAAAAAAACAAGAGAAAUUAUUAAGGGAUUUAUUGAAAUUUCAAGUUUGAGAGCUAAAGAUGCUAUAUCAGAAUACGAUGAGCCAAAUACGCUAGAGCAGUUCAGAACGGGACUAUUCCUUAAUAGCAUCAAGUUUCUUAUACAAGCGUAUUUAUUCGAGUUUAUAGACACCGUAGAAGAAGCAUUGCUUGUUAAUCAGACAGUGUAUGAUAUGAUUCUUAAUCAGAUAAAUGAGACAAAACCAACAGAAAAAAGGAUUAUAUCACAUUAUAAGCGUGUCUUAGACAGGUGCUUCACAACAAUAGAUGAGUACUUCUACGAAAAUAAUGCUCUGACCUACAUAAAUAUCAUAAAGGAGAUUCCAAAGGCUAUGAUAAUUAAGCAGGCACUGCCAUUCUCAAACCAACAGCAGAUCCCUAAUAUAAAGAACAUUGCAAGAAACAGUAUUAAUGCAACAUUACCCCAGGAUACUCUGCAAGUCGUAUAUUCUGGCAACAGAAAUUGCAUUCUUACUAUUCUUAGUGUGGUGUGCUGCUUGUUCUAUAAUCCGUCAGUGCAUAUGUAUGAGUUCAAAAACAAAAAGUGCAAAACUGACCAUAUUGAAGCCUUUUUUAAUAAGAACAUGAAGCCAUUCCAAAGUAUUGGAGUUACUGUAUAUAGUGAGUGGUGUGAGCAUAUUGAAAAUUCUAUCGAUCGCAGUAAAUUCUUCUUGUACAAGAGACAUGCCGUAGGAGUAGGCCUUUUCAACAUGCUGUACACACUAGCAUGCUGUUUGAAUAUGGGGGGAAGGUCUAAAGAAAAAAUUACUAAUUUCGCAAAUGCACUGAACAAAAGUCACGAGCCAAUGAUUUGGUUCUAUGGAGAUAUAAAUGAAUUUGUGAAAAGUUUCUUCCAAAAGAUUACAUGUAAUAAGAACCUAUCUGUUAGUUGUAAAAAACUUGUAAGAAGAAAAGUCGUGAACAAGUUUGACGUAUUUGGAGAGAUAGUUUUAGAAUACAAAUAUGAUGAUAGGCAAGAGACAAUUAGCAUAAACUUAACUACUGAAGACACAUAUUUUAAUAUCACAGAUAGCCGCAUAAUUUCGCACGACAGUAGAGAAGAGAGACUGCAGAGUUUGAUGAACACCAGCCAAGAGCGAGACAACUUUACAUCCUGUCUUGUUUCCUACUGUAUAUACAACAUAAUAAAGAGUAUAGACCAAAGAAAGAAAGAUGGAUUGCACGACAUUUGCCAUAUGCCAAAUACAAGUGACCUAGACUAUGAAGAAAUAUCUAAGAUACUUAUUAUGAGGAAAAUCACUGACAUAGAGUACAAAAAAGAUCUAGUAAUUUGGACUAUUGUACAAACAAGCAAAAGUGAUGGAAAUAUCAGUGCAGAAACACCAGGAAUGAGGUUUAUAUCAAACAUAGUUGCAAGCUACUAUGCACAUGACGUAAGCAGUUUGAAGUCAAUUUUGUCCUGCAUUACGCUUAUAAAGAACCACAUAAGUGUUACUCCAGAGAUAAAUAUAAGAGAAGAGACAUAUAAAAAAAUGAAAGAGCAAGCAAAUCCGACUAUUAUGAAAAUAUCAAUACUCUAUGCAAUUGAGAGAAAAGCCCCAGAGCUUCUUAUAUACUACAUAACAAACUAUCUUAAAGCAAAUGAGAAAACCCCAGACGUAUGGCCGGAUGUUGUUUUAGUAAUCUCUAACAAAGAAGUAUUUGAUGUUUUAUUCAAGUUAAACAAUGUGCUUUACUCAACUGACAUGCUAAACACCAUAGACUCCAUGGAUUAUAAGAGCGCAGAGUUGCGUAUGUAUCUGAGCAUUGCGUGGUUUGUAUAUGCGUGUGAGACAAAGAAAGAAUUUCCUACGUUAAUUGAGACUCUGUAUAGCAGUAUUAGUAUUAAGAAUGUAGAAACAAAAAAAUAUGCGUGCUGUAUUAUAAGCCAGGAUAACUUCAAGAGCGUGCAUGCUUUCUUAGACAUACAGAAGAAGAGUCUGUCAAAGGACAACCAGGAAGAGAGAGAGAAGGGAAAAAAGAAGAUAAAGGAUAUUAUUCCGAUCAUGCACACACAUUUAUAUGAUAUGGCUUUUUGA